UUGAACUGGGGGACACGCUGGGAUUGUACAGGGCCGAGAAUACGUAACAUUAUCUUACAAGACUGCAGUUCACAGUGGCGGUGCCAAGGACAUUUAAACACAGUGUAGUAGAUAGGGUCCUGAGGAGAUGCCGCUGAGGUUCCGGUCCUUUGUCCCGUACACACUUCCUGGGGUCCUAGCGCUAAUAGGUUGGUGGUGGUACAUCUCCCGUAAGAAAGGACGGAUCACCAGCCAUGACAGCCAAGAGGGGGGAUCGGUGAGCCUGUUGGCUUCACCUAGCGAGGGCAGCAAUGGGAUGGUGGACAAGGGUUGCCCGUCUGCGGGCGGCACACACCGUAGGACGAGCAGAGACAAAGCGAAGGCCAAAGAGCAGAAGCUUGUAGAACAGCAGGAGGUUGUAGCACAAGUCCACGUCCCAGCCUCAAAGGCAGUGUCAGAAGAACAGCCUUCUCUGGCCACAACGCUGCAGAGAGAGCUGGAUUCCCUUCCCCAUAUCGAUAAAGCGACAAUAGAACCUCAGCAGAGCCUUCCGGAGACUGUCAGGCAAAAACAGCCCGUCUUAACCGCACACCUCUCAGAGACGGUGGGCGGCAAGCCUCAACAGAAGGGACCAGAGGGAAGUGUUGUUGGCGAUCUAGAGCAGUCACUUGCAGGAAGAGAGCCAACCAUCACUGCCUUGGAUACACAGUCACUGGAGAAGACGGUAAACAGAGAGGAACCUACCACCAAGGAGUCCACCCCAGUACCUGUUGCUGUCUCUGGAGUAGUCAGUGCAGUUACCACCAGCGCAGAGCUGGCGAAAGCGGAAAGACCGGAACCGGAGGGGGAGGUGGCUGCAGAGGAAAUUACUCUUUCGUUUGCGGAAAACCUGCAAGCCGACUUGGCGAAAGACGGCCUCUCUUCCACCAAACAAGAAUUACCCCCCACAGCUGCUGAAAGAGAUCUGUCUGCUACCCCCCUUGCAUCCAAACAAGAACCUUUCUGUCCAGAGACCCCUUCAGCGCUUGCCUCACCUUCUCAUUUCUCCACCAGCACACCUGCCACUGAGGCUUCCACUGCGGAGGACUUGGGCACUCAGCAGCUCCAGGAGAAUGGAGUGCCGGCUCAGCCAAUGGAGGGAGGUGAAAGCAUAGAGGAGCUCCAGCGCCUCGCGGCAGGUCUGAUCACAGAGGUCAUCUCGGCAGCCACCCAGGAGGUCAUGACGAUUGACAGCCGCGAGGCAGAGUCGGGAAGUUUUAGGACAACGGAGCCUGGAAGCAGCGGCACGCCGUCCUUCAACGGGAGGCUGAGUGGAGUACACGAAGAAGUUGCGAGGGGAAGGACGCAGCCCGUGACUGAGAGGACCUCUUCCUCAGUGACCCACACAGAUAGGGAAGAGGUGGUUAAUGGCUGUCUAGCAACUUCAGCGUGGGAUCCACUGAAGGACACUAGCAGCAAGUCUAAGGAGAGUGAGAGGAGAGGCCAUUCAGUGAGGAGUGCACAAGGAGUCCUAGAGGCCAGUCCGGUGUUGGCCAAGCUCCAGGCUGAAGACGCGGCAGCAGUGGCGGAAGAUUCCGGAUGUAGCACGUGUCAGUCCGAGGACGGCACCAGCACGGAGGACCUCCUUCACAGCUCUGGGUUGUCCUCGGCGUUGCCUGAGAGCAAAGAGGACCUCAUGCAGAUAUCAGGGAUGUCAAGGGAUUCGGAAGGCAAGGAGGAGAGCUUUCGGAGAAGCCCUGGGGUUGGAGCCCUCAAGGAGAUUACAUCGCCGUUGACGACGGAGCACGUUGCUGCUGCCGCUUCUGCGGCGGCCGCUGCCGAUGAGACCAGGCUGAACGGCACAGGCCUCAGGAACGGAGCACACACAACCAAUGAGACAGACGCUGACCAGUCUGGAGGUUCAGAUGUGAACAGCAUGGAUUCAGUGGACAGCGGAUGCACCUUGGGGACUGGAGAAGGCCAACAGAGUGGCAGCCAAUCACAGAACUCUGAACUCAUUGUGUGGGAGAUUGAGGUGCCAAAGCAUCUGGUGGGCAGACUGAUUGGAAAACAGGGGAGAUAUGUGAGCUUCCUAAAACAGAGCUCCGGAGCAAAGAUCUACAUCUCCACUCUGCCUUACACUCAAGAGUUUCAAAUCUGCCACAUAGAAGGGACACAACAGCAAGUGGACAAAGCUCUUGCUUUGAUAGGAAAGAAGUUCAAAGACUUGGACUUGACCAACCUGUAUGCACCACCUCCUCUUCCCCUCACGCUGCCCUCGCUACCCAUGACGUCCUGGCUCCUGUUGCCGAGUGGCGUGACAGUGGAGGUGAUCGUGGUGAAUAUUGUGUCAGCGGGUCAUGUGUUUGUCCAGCAGCACACUCACCCUACGUACCACGCCCUACGGAGCUUGGACCAGCAGAUGUUCCUGUGUUACUCUCAGCCUGGCACACCUGCCCUGCCCACUCCUGUUGAAGUGGGUGUGAUCUGUGCUGCACCAGCUGUGGAUGGAGCAUGGUGGAGAGCACAGGUUAUCUCUUUCUACAAAGAUUCCAACGAAGUCGAGAUCCGUUAUGUCGACUACGGCGGUUACGACAGAGUGAAGAUCGAUACCUUGCGUCAGAUAAGAUCGGACUUCGUGACGUUACCGUUCCAGGGCACGGAAGUGUUAUUGGACAACAUCGCCCCUCUCCCAGGAGAAGAUAGAUUUUCAGCUGAGGCUAACUCUGCACUUGAGGAGAUGACGAGAGGGGUAGCUUUGCUUGCACAGGUUACGAAUUACGACAAUAACACAGGCCUGCCGUUAGUACAGUUAUGGAACAUGGUUGGAGAUGAGCUUGUGUUGCUGAACCGCACCUUGGCAGAGCGAGGCUUUGGCACCUGGGUGGACAGCUUCUAAAUCCACUC